AUGUCAGGCAGGUUCACAGGCAAAGUCUUCCUCAUCACAGGUGCGGCAAGCGGCAUCGGCCGCGCGACGGCAAUCAAGCUCGCUGGCGAGGGCGGUUCGCUCUCCCUCUGCGACAUCAACGAAGGCGCGCUGUCAGGAGUGUUGAAAGACCUCCCGUCGACAAGCACGGCAGGGAAGCAUGCCGUGUUCCGAUGUGAUGUCGGCUCGAGCACGCGGGUCGAGGCCGCCGUUCAGCACACCCUAUCGGAGCUCGGCAAGAUCGACUUCGUGUUCAACUGUGCCGGAGUCAACCCCACGGCUCUCGCGAUCACAGAUACCACGGACGAGUACUUUGACACACUGAUCAACACAAAUCUCCGGGGGCCCUACAAUGUCACCAGAGCAGCAGUGCCCCAUCUCAAGUCAGGUGCCGCGAUUGUCAAUGUCUCGAGUCAGGCCGGCCUGAGGGCCACGAACGGUUUCUCGAUUUACUGUGCGACCAAGUUUGGCGUCGUCGGCUUCACCAAGGCCAUGGCGCUUGAGCUGGGACCGCGGGGGAUACGAGUGAACGCGGUGGCGCCGGGCCCCAUCGACACGCCGACCAUGGCGGGGAACGUGGCGGGAGGCGAUGCGAACGAGAAGCUCGUAGCUGAAAUCCCGCUGAGGCGGCUUGGGCAGCCGGAGGAGGUGGCCGACGUCGUCGCGUUCCUGUUUAGCGACGAGAGCCGGUACAUGAACGGCAGUAUUGUAGAGAUAACUGGAGGCUCGAGGUAG